AAAUGACUAAUAUGUACUGGAAGUUCUUAUAAGUAUCAUUUUCAUGUACUCACACAUGUCAACAAGCCCACACUCGACAAAUCUAAGUUGUGCUUUCAUGGAGAAAAAUCUAUUUCUCAGCAUUUUGUUAGCUUUCUUAGUUCAUUUUUUGACACUUCCCUUCGUUCGUGGACAAGUAACCGACAUUUUCACAGACAAACAAGCUCUUCUUGCCCUGAAAGCUCGUAUAAGCCAUGAUCCAAGCAAUUUAUUGGCCAGUAAUUGGUCCGCAAGUUCUUCUGUUUGUCAUUGGAAAGGCAUAACUUGUGGUGCUCGUCACCUUCGAGUAAUAGCUUUGAAUAUUUCUCACUUGGGUCUCACAGCCACCCUUCCUCCUCAACUGGGAAAUUUAUGUUUCCUUGCAAGGCUAGACAUCACAAACAACAACUUUUAUGGCUCUCUCCCUGAGGAAUACGCUCAGUUACGUCGACUGAAAUACCUUUUUUUAAAUAAUAAUAGCCUGUCCGGUGAACUCCCUGCAAGCAUUUUUGAUAAUCUUCCCAAUUUGCAACUGCUUUAUUUGCAUUUGAACAUGUUCGAAGGAAAAAUACCAUCGACCUUAUCAAAAUGCAGAAGCUUGCAAAACUUAUCCUUGUCAGUAAAUAAUUUCACAGGAGCCAUUCCGAAAGAAAUUGGAAACUUGACUCACCUUAGAGCGAUCUAUCUUGGAGGCAAUAAACUACAAGGAGAAAUUCCAAAAGAGCUUGGUAAUCUUGCAAAACUGGUGGUAUUAUUAGUGCCAAAUAGUUACUUAACAGGAACUAUUCCAAGAGAAAUUGAGAACUUGACAUUAAUCAAGUAUCUAAUUCUAUACUCGAACAAAUUAAUAGGAGCCAUUCCGAAAGAAAUUGGAAACUUGACUCAACUUAGAGUUAUCUAUCUUGAAGUCAACAGACUCCAAGGUGAGAUACCACCUGAAAUUGGCAAUCUUCAUAAUAUUGAGCUGUUGGAUCUUGGAUAUAACCACCUAGUUGGCCCUGUCCCUGCCACUAUAUUCAACAUUUCAACAAUGCACACACUUUCAUUGUAUGAGAAUCAACUCUCCGGAAUUCUUCCAUCAAUUGCAGAGCUUCCAAACCUUGAGGGUCUUUACUUGUGGGGAAAUAAUUUCAGUGGGCCAUUUCCCGAUUUCAUCACCAAUGCUUCAAAGCUCUUCAUUAUAGAUAUCGCAAAUAACUCAUUCUCAGGCUUCAUUCCUAGCACAAUUGAGUUUAAGAGUUCUAAUGUUAAGCGGAAAUCCACUGAAUAG